CAUUAGCCCAGUUCAUCGUCCGGUAAUGUUUCGAGUCUUCCUUGACAACCCUGCUAUUCGAGUUGUUCAGAUUCGGGUGUCAUUGAAGCGCUCGACGUUCUCCAGACCCCUGGCAUCCCUAGUCAUGAUGGCCUCAGUCAUCUCAAUAAUGCGGCGGUCUAUACUCCUCAGUCUCAUCCUCGCCCGCCCGGGUGGCGCGGUAGUUCGCUUCCAUUGCUCUCAGCUCGUAGUCGAGAGACUCGAUCCGCUGGUCAAUCCUGGCUUGGUGCCCUCAAGCCAUGUUCAUCAAAUCGUCGGCGGUGUUUGUGCAAUGCCCAAUAUCUGUGUCAUAGCUGAGCUGAAGCUGAGGGUUAGGAACUGAUGGUGUCUUGACGAUAGGACGCCUUCAACGCCACGAUGGACCCGGCAAAGGACCUGCCAAACGAAUCGACCUGCACCACUUGUCAGUUCAGUGAAGACUUUUCCAACUACUGGACUGCGGUGCUGUAUUUCCGGGCACAGAACGGCAGCUACAAGCGCGUGCCCCAGCGAGGAAACAACCAGUUCGAAAAGGCCAACGGCGGCCUCACCAUCUACUACAUGCAAGACGCCAUUUACGACCAUGGGCAGCGAUCAAAGGUCAAGGCGUUCCAGCCGGGCUUCCGCAUGUUCAUCGGCGACAUCUCCGCCCGCACACUCCCCUCCGCCGCCCGCUUCCGCCAGCUGACCUACGUGUGCAUGGACACAUGGGUGACCCGCUCCCCAGAAACCAUGGCCUUCCCAACGCGGAAAUGCAAAGAAGGGAUCAUGACCUCAACUCGCUUCCCGACCUGCUGGGACGGCAAGAACCUUGACAGCCCCGACCACAUGUCGCACAUGAGCUACCCAGAGACAGGGACCUUUGAGAGCGGCGGGCCGUGUCCAGCCAGCCACCCGGUCCGCACGGGACAGGUCAUGUACGAGGUUGUCUGGGAUACCAGGCCGUUUAAUGACCUGGAAUGGCCUGCCGACGGGAGCAGUCCGUUUGUGUGGUCGUUUGGGGAUGCCACGGGGUAUGGCGCCCAUGGGGAUUAUGUGUUUGGGUGGAAGGGGGAUGCGCUGCAGAGGAUUUUGGAUACGCCGUGCUGGUUUGAUAAGCCUGCGAACUGUGUGAGUGAGUCUGGGUCGAGGGUGCAGAGUAUUGAGAGUAUGAAUAAGUGUAGUAAGGGGAGGGUGGUGGAUGAGGAUGUUGAUGGGUGGUUGGAUGAGCUUCCUGGGGGGCAUCAGGCCGAUUAUGGUCCAGCUCACAGGAAGUAGGCUAGCCAUCUGCAGUCGCUGUGGUACCACGGGGGUGUUGACAGCUUCAUGUACUACUAGUAGUAGCGUGUAGAGUUAGACAUGGAGCUUGCGUGUAUUUCGACGAGCGCCCGAAAUAUUCCACG